CCUUCAGUUCUGGUUUAACUCUGUAUUUGUGUGUAGUCAUGCCCCUCCCAUGUCCUCCACCCUGCUGAGCUGCCCCAGUAGAUUGUCACCUCCUGCCACAAACUUCAGUCUACUUUCAGAUUAAUACUCUAACUCUUCUUUUUCCCCCUUAGAGCUGCUUUCCAUCUUCACUUAAAAGUGCAGCAGACCCAUGGACUCAUUAGUGUAUCAGCUCUGACACUGCCUGAAGUCGUGGCAGCAGCAGUGGCAUGUCCAGACAUAAGCAAAGCCAGCAGCUUUUUCUGCCUCACUUGUACACAAGAGCCUUGUAUUUGGAAGCCACUUCAAGCACUUUUGCUCUCAUGAGUCAAGAUGAAGCAGCAAAUUCAAUUAAGCCAAAUUAUCUUGCAUUUUCAAUAGCACUGAUGAAACAGCUUCAUGUUGAACAUGAGCCUUGUUAUGAUCAUUGAGAAUGUGAAGUUGGCCCGUGAAUAUGCCUUACUGGGAAAUUACGACUCUGCAAUGGUCUACUACCAGGGAGUUCUUGACCAAAUGAAUAAGUAUCUGUACUCUGUGAGAGAUACCUACCUGCAGCAGAAAUGGCAGCAGGUUUGGCAGGAGAUAAGUGUGGAAGCUAAGCAUGUGAAAGAUAUAAUGAAAACACUGGAGAGUUUUAAACUAGACAAUACUCCAUUGAAAGCCUCACAACAAGAAUUACCAGCUCACGAUGCAGAAGUCUGGUCUUUGCCAGUACCUGCUGAACGUAGACCUUCGCCAGGACCCAGGAAGCGUCAGUCUGCUCCAUGCAGUGAUUGCAGAGGCCACAAUAAUCGUAUGAGUGCAGCUGUCAGAGGCUCUCACCGUCCCUCCUCUCGGAACCCCAAUGAUAAAGGGAAGGCAGUCCGCAGCCGGGAAAAAAAGGAUCAGCAAAAUAAAGGAAAAGAGGAAAAGAACAAAUCCACAUCUGAUAUUUCAGAGUCUGAACCAAAGAAAUUUGAUAGUACUGGAUAUGACAAAGAUUUAGUAGAAGCUUUGGAAAGAGAUAUAAUUUCUCAGAAUCCCAACAUCCGAUGGGAUGACAUUGCUGAUUUAGUAGAAGCCAAAAAGCUGCUUAAGGAAGCUGUAGUUUUACCAAUGUGGAUGCCAGAGUUUUUCAAGGGGAUUAGAAGACCCUGGAAGGGUGUGCUGAUGGUUGGUCCUCCUGGUACUGGAAAGACCCUCCUAGCAAAAGCUGUAGCCACUGAAUGCAAGACAACUUUUUUCAAUGUUUCUUCUUCCACGCUUACCUCAAAAUACAGAGGAGAAUCUGAGAAACUUGUUCGUCUGCUGUUUGAAAUGGCUCGAUUUUAUGCCCCAACAACCAUAUUUAUUGAUGAGAUAGACUCCAUCUGUAGCCGCAGGGGAACUUCGGAGGAGCAUGAAGCCAGCCGACGUGUGAAGGCAGAACUGCUAGUUCAAAUGGAUGGUGUUGGGGGGGCUACUGAAAAUGAUGAUCCUUCUAAGAUGGUCAUGGUACUUGCUGCUACUAAUUUUCCUUGGGAUAUUGAUGAAGCCCUAAGACGGAGACUAGAAAAGAGAAUUUACAUUCCUUUACCAUCAGCCAAAGGUAGAGAGGAACUCCUAAAAAUAAAUCUGCGAGAGCUGGAACUGGCUGAUGAUGUUGACCUUGCAAACAUAGCUGAGAAAAUGGAAGGUUAUUCAGGUGCAGACAUAACCAAUGUGUGCAGAGAUGCAUCAUUGAUGGCUAUGAGGAGGCGUAUUGAAGGCUUGACACCAGAAGAAAUCAGAAAUCUUCCCCGAGAUGAAAUGCACAUGCCAACAACUAUGGAAGACUUUGAAAUAGCUUUGAAGAAAGUUUCUAAAUCUGUUUCUGCUGCGGACAUUGAGAAAUACGAGAAAUGGAUAGUUGAGUUUGGAUCAUGUUGAGUUGUCUUCUCUCAAACAAACCACCUUAUGUCUUAAAACAGCUUUAGAAGUAAUCGGUGACGUGUCAGUGCACUGCGUGCUCUUUUUAACUUUUGUAAUUUAAGAGCAACCGAUGUCUAAAUAAAUUUUUUUCUAAAAUGCAA